AGAAACAUGGCAUGUCCUCUGUCAUGCAUGGGUUUUAGACCUAGAUCUGGGGAGUGCCAGCCUACAAUCCCAUCUCCAGAGAGACUGGGAUACAGAACCUUAAUUCAGUGACAGAUGGAAGAAGAGGAUGACUGCCAUGAAUAAGCACUGAGCAUUAAAUCAUAUUGCUUCUGUAGCCUCUGGUUUUGGAUUUGUCCUUAAUUUCAGUAAAGCAAAUUCAUCUACAUUUUACUUCUGAUAAUACUAUGAAUCAUCCAUUCUUCCCAGCAACCACUCAGAUGCUUCUUCCACUUAUACUUAACGAGAUGACUUCUCACUCACUGGCCUUCUGGAAUGAACCACUCACAGUGACAUAAAUUCACAAAGUAUAAAUGGAUAUUACACACUCCGUUUUGUAAUUUACCAUACACACUCCCUAUGUAAUACCUUUUAUUUAAUUGAAGAUGCAUACAUAACAUUUCAUGGCUUAGAGCUUAUCUUCAAUUCUCAAGCCUGUACCUGAAUAAGACAUACAACAUCAUGGAAGUUGAAUUUGCAGAGUUGAUGUUGACUUUUAUAAAUCAUAUUAGCCAUGAUCUACAGCUGUCUUAAUAUAUAGGAUGAGAUAAUAUACCAUGUGCAUUUGGCAGAAUAUAAACAGUGAAUUGUUAUGUACAAGCAAGAAAUUAUUGGAAUGAAUAUACUUUAUCUGCACUUAAUAAAAGGAGGGAACUUACCUGUGAUACAGAAGGUAUCACAAUGUCUGAUUCAAAGUUUAUGUGCAGAAUAAGAAGCUGUGAUAAUUUUAAUGAAGCAACAAUGUUUAAAUUACAUAUGUGAAAUUCCAACUUACAGUUAGAACUCAGAAUAUAACUGCCUCUAUAAUUGUGAUACUGUGUAUUCAGUUAUGAUAUCACAAACUUUUUCUUAUUAAGUCUCAUGAUAGCCCUUUUACUAAUGAAUCUACAAACCCUCAUGUGGUGAGAGGAAGAGAGCAGAACAACACAAUUUCACAAUAAAAUAUAGGCCCUCUGAUUUUUUUAUGAGAUAAGUUAUAGUUGGUAAUAGGAAACAAUGAAUUUACCAUUAUUUUCUCUCUACUACUUGCAAUUACUCCAAAGCUAAAUAAGUUAAGUAACACAUUUUUUGCUGUUUUAUGAUUAUUUACCAGGUACCUUGAAAACACACAUAGAUUAAGGAAGGAACUUGCAUGAUAUAUAUGUAUGUGUUUUGAGUGUGUGUGUACAUAUAUAUUUAUAUAUUAUUUCAUAGUUGCAUAUCCGGAUCAAUUAUUUUAAUGAAAAUUUCACACUCAGUCAGUUAAAUACAUGAUUUAAGUAUGUAUAAGAUACAGUAUUUACAAUAUCAUAUUUAAAUUGUACUAUGUCAGAGGUCCAUUCAAUUUCUAGAGAGAAAUAAUGAUACAAUGAUCUAAAAGUGAUGAGCAAUAUAGUGUUUGGGUAAUUUUAAUGAUGCAAUUUUUAUUUUAGUGUGGUUCUAUGGACAGAUACUUAGACAUCUUGGUAAACAGGAGGUUCAUUUGGAAAUUUGUAAUUGUACGCUGUAGUCUCAGUUUUCAUUUUUCAUAACCAGGCAUACUGGCAUCAUAGAGUUUCUGAACACAGAGAAAUGUUCCCAGGAUUCUCUUUCAUUUUGCUUGCCCUGCUAGGAUAGUCAGGUACAAUCGUUUUCACAAGGUGUCUAUCAUGAAUCUUUUAGUCUUUAUGAACAUCUGCAUACAACCCCUAUUUGAUUUGCAUGUGAGUACUCUUAUCUCUAUACUUUCUAAGUGCAGAAAUAAAUGCACAAUUAUUAUACAUUGUUUAGGUACCAAACUGGAAACUUAACCUUGUACACAUAAUUUAGUACCCCUUUCCAAUAGAUCCUCACAGCUAUACUUGCUGGUCAGCCUUUGAUGGCAAUAUCUCAAUUUCCCUUUAUUUUUCUGACCUCAGUGGAUCAGGUGAAAUGCUGGAGAUUAAUUCAAUACAACCUUCAUCUGAGGGCAAUCUCUCAGUUGUCCUCUUUUUUCGUGACCUCAAGGAAUGUCGAAGCUCGGAAAUUAAUUGGAUACAAGCUUCUCCUUGGAAGGUGGUCUCUUAAGCAAAAGUCUGGAGAUUGGACCAUUCAAUUAUACUGUUAUAAGAUGUGGUACCUGUUUUCAAUUCUUUUCAUUCUCAAGUCUCUCCUCUCCUGAAUCUUCCUUCUGGCCAAUCUUUCGCAGUCAUCCCAAGACUCUCUGUAUCUUGCUGGUACCUACUAUGGUCGUGUCCAUGCCACAAGCAAAUCCAGGUAUCAGGAAAAGAAAGACAAUACAUCCAGCUUUUUGUACUCAGAGAAUUAAUGUGAUGCACUUAUUGCCAGGAGUUGGUUUGUGUGUGUCUUUAUUUCAAGUGGAAAAACAACAGGUGGAAGAGAGCAUGGUUUCUCAUGCUAGAUGAUGAGGUCAGUGGGGCAAUGCGGUGGCAGUAAGCUAGGAGUAGAAAACAGGAUGGACCUGACAAACAACUCAAAGACCCAGGGAAAAGCGGCUACAAAUUUGCCCAGCAUCCAACAAUAAUUACACAGUGCUGUCUGCUGUCUAGUGCUAAAUAGAGAAAAAAAUGUGUUCAAAUAUAUUUCAUGCUGUGAUACCCAUUGAAUUCCUCUGCUGCAUUUACACAAACUGGGAGGAGGGAGAGAGGGGUGAAUCAUUAUCUCUGUUGGAGAUCUAUAAGAAAUUUUGUCAUUUGUUUACUUUCAUGUGUUUGAUAUCUCUCUCCUGAUUUGUUCCUAAUAUAUCUCUGAAUGCAUGCCUUCCUCCAAUAAGAGGUAAUCACAUCUAAAACAAACUUCAGAACUGGAGGAUAUUUUUCAGUCAGUCUCCAGGCUGACAUCCACCUCUUAGCUGGAUUUAAUUAAAGCCUAAAUGUAAACAACCACAGAGAAAGAAACUGUCCAGAAGACCUGCAAGAGACCACGGCAAUUAAAACCUAGAAUAGGGUAAAUUCAACUGUUAGCUAGGGUGGAAAAUUUUGCAUGUCUCUGAGGCCACAGAUUCUACCAAAGUAUCUGUGAUUUCUGGCACCAACAUGGAUCCUGCAGUGUGUGCAAAAAAUAAGUUUUAAAUCAGAAACUGGAUUUGCAUUGCUCAAAUUUGCCCUUGGAGGAUAUAGUGUUCAUGACUAUAUUUUGGAAAAUCUUUAGUUAGCAAUCUGAGACUCUGCGAAUUCCAAUAAAAACCUAGAACAGGGUUGGUUAUUGGUUGCACUUUCCAUAAUCUGGCCAAUAUUGACUGCUCUUGUUUAUGGGAAAGAAAGGUGCCCCUGUUUCUGGAGCCACAGAUUCUACCUUAGUACCUGUGAUUUCUCACUCAGUAUGGAAUCCUGCAGUGUGUUCAAGAUUUAUUUUAAUUCAAUUUUUGACAGCAACCAGGCUCAUGUAUUUCAAAUUUGCCCUUGGAUGAUACAACAAAAAAGCAUGUGUUUGAUGGAAUUCAAACUCAGCCAUCUCUGAAUCUUUGAAAUUCAGGUGUCAGGUGCCACAAAUAUGUGCUACUGGGGAUUCUGACAUAACAUAAAAAUCAUUGCAUGCUAGCUCUAACUGGCAGCACUGAAACAUAAUCAGACAGCAGAAGGCAGAGACUGAGGAUUUCAUUUACAUAGCCUGGAAAAACUUAAAUGGACACAGACCCUCAGAGAGUGUAUUUAUUGAUAAUAUGUGGAUAUAUUUGCAGAUUCCUUCCUGGUAUUCUCUGCUUACAUUCUAAAUCUAAAUUGCUACUGAAAAUAAGGAAGACCCAUAUAUUUACCAAAACUUAUACAACUAUCUAUUUUUGAUAUAUGCAGUGUUAUUCCUUCUUUGAAAACUGUGAACAAUGGUUGAGACAGUUGAACUUGUACAGUUCCCACAUUAAGAAUAGUAAUUGAGGACUUAGAAACUGGCAUACACCAAGAAGUCCUGAUGUUUACUAUAUCCAGGGUCUUCCAUUGUGAGUAUUGUAAUUAUAUUGUGUUUUUAUUAAAGAAUUUUUGAGUGUCUGACAUUACAGGAGAAAUAUUGGAAACUUUCAUGUGAAUUGUACAGUCACCUCUGAACCAAUUACAUAAACAAUGAUUGUUUAGGAAUGUACUACAUGCAAACACCAUCAUAUAGCAUGGAAUUGUAUACAAUCUCUCAUAGACAAUGGCAACCUCACUGUUUUAUAUUCCGCAAUACAAAGGAUUUUCAGGGUUCAUGUUGACAAUAUAUGGAAACUUAGGCAUAACUCUAUGCACUCCACUACUGUCUACAACAGAAAAAUCUUUGUUCUGAUAGCAUAUAUUCAAUAGGUUUAUUCCUCACAGUGCAUCCAUAUGAGGAAAAUACAAUCCUGAUUCUUGAGUAUACAGAUUUGUAAUAUUGCAAGAAAAAUUUCAGGAUAGCAAAGAGUAGGUUAUUCUGAAUUUUCAUUGGAAUAUUUUAGGUUCUUUCCAUGCCUUUAAUGAGCUACACCAUUCAAAUAUUAAGAGCAAUGUAAAUCACAUAUUAAUAUGUUCUUUUAAUAUAAUGCUGAAUAUAAAUCUAAUUAUUGAUUUAUCUUCCUCAUUUGUAUAAUUAUUUAUCUCAAUGUAACAUAUUAAUAUAUUUCAAGAACAGAUACUUGUCACACCAAUAUGCAAGGUAAAGUAUAAUAUAGAGUAUUACAUAAAUAGAAUAAGGACAAAGUACCUUGAAGUUGGGAAUGAAUAUUAUUUAGUAGUCAAGCAUUUGGGUUAAAAGUAAAAAUGUUAAAGUGAUGGUGUAAUUCCAUCUGAAAAGUAAGCUCAAGCAACACAUAACCCCCAAAAUUUGUUUGUUUUGAUGAAAUGUAUUUGACUGUACCCAUUUCAAUAUUUACUGUGUAGAAUCAACUGCCUAGUACCAUUUACACGAAUGACAGAUUUCAAUGAGAAACAUUUUUCAAUCUUUAUUAUAUUUGUAUUAGAAACAAGCUUGCUAGACUUGUGAAUCACAGCAACCUCAACUUAACCUCAAACCACAUCCCUCACCAACCAGCCAACCUCUCUCCAUCCACAGUCUACCAUCUAGCCAGUGUGAGAACCAUAAUGGACAAUCUUCAAUGUCUGUUAUAUCAUCCAGGGUAGGGCCUAGGCCUCCUCAAUGGGUCCAGGAUGAGAGAGAAUACCUCCAUUUGAAAUGGGCACCCAAAAUCCUGAUCUACUUCCAAGGACUCCUUACUUUACACUUUGUGCAGUGGCUUGCAAUCAAUAUGCCUUUUUCAGAUCUGCAGCUUUGUGCAUUUUACCAGCCAGGACUUGACUCUUUGUUCCUUACUCCUCCUGCUCUGCAGCUAGGAUCCAUGUGUUCAUUUCAGUUCUUAGCAUUGGGUAUCUGCCUCUGCUCCCAUCAAUCACUGCGACAUAGCUAUAAGAUGGCAUAUAAGGUCAUCUUCCAACACAGUAUAAGGGAAUGGCAUUUAAGGUUGACUCUCAAAUGUGACUUAAUUUUCAAGUUGGUGUCAACAUUUGAGAUCACUGGAAAAUUCACUAGGGCCAGAUCUCUCCUCAAACUUAUAAUGACUCACUCUAUCAUAGUAUUUCUCAUCCUUCCCUCAUUUAUUGUUCACUUGAUUAAAAUUUCUGACUCUCUCAUGUCCUCUGCUCCCAUCCUCUUCACCCCUCUGUUUCACUCAGAGUCAAAGUCAUCCUCACGCCAAUGAUACCAAAACCCACUGGGGACUCAGUUUUGUUCCCCUUCUCUUGGGGACCUUGCAAACCUCUCUUAAGGUACACCUUGUUUCCAAGAAUCUCUGGCAAUGGGAUUGUAGACUGGCCUUAACUUGUUACAUGUCUCAAUGCCAAAUUGUGUCAUUAAAUACCAUGUUUGUCUUUUUGUGCCUGGUUAACUUCACUUAGGAUGGUUUCUUCUAAUAUUAUCCAUUUGCCUCCUUAUUUCAAGAUCUCACUGCUUUUUUCCUGCUGAGGAGUAUUCUUUUGUAUAAAGCCACCACAAUUCCUCCAUCCAGUCUUGAAUUGAGGCAGAUAUAGGUUGUUUUUAGAUUCUGGCUACUAGAAAUAAUGCUGAUAUGUACCUAGUGUAACAGGUGUCCUUGUUGUGUGAAUGUGGAUCUUUGUGUAUAUGCUUUUGUGUGUAAUUGCUUGAUCUUGUGUUUGACUGAUUCCCAUUUCCCUGAGGAAACUCCAUACUGAUUUCCUAAAUAUCUAUAUGAGUUGGCAAUCCCACCUGCAGUGGAAGAUGGCUUCAUGCUCCCAAUUUGUGUUCCUGAGUCAUUCCAGUUAUGCUCUCUGGGAUCUCCUGGCCUAUGGACUUCAUUAACUCCACUCUCCCAUUGAGGCAGAGGAAGUGCCUCAGACUUGUUUAUACACACUGUAAGACCCUUCAAUAUAUUGAACCUGCAUGCACCCACCAGAAGAGAACCUUGGAUCCAUGACGAAAAGGAAUGUAAAAGAUUCCACAUGAACCCACUGUAAGAAGGGAUGGGAAAAUAUCAAUAUAAGCACAAAUUCAAUGACCGAAUAAAAACAAUAUGAUACCACCAGAAUUUAUGGACUUCAAACGAGCGUGAUCUGAACACCACAACACAUAUGAUGCAGAAGUGAAAGAACUUAACACAACUUCUUUAAGAUGAGAGAGACCCAAAAGAAAAAAAAUGAGAAAAAUUUUUAAAGAAAUGGAAGAAUAAAACAAACAUAGUCAGCAAAAUAAUGGAAAAAAAUUUUCCAAACUAAAGUAAGACAUGACAAUGAAAUUACAGGAAGCCUACAGAACACCAAAUAGAUUGGAUCACAAAAAAGUUCCCUUGCCACAUUAUAAUAAAAACCCAAGGCAUAACUAAAUAAACUAAGAAUAUUAUGAGUAUCAAAGGAAACAGAAAAACUGCCAAGUAUAUAAAUGCAAAUCUAUCAGAAUCACACCUGACUCCAACAUGAGAACACUGAAAGACAAGUGGUCCUGAAAAGAUAUUCGACCAACUCUAAUGACCACUGAUGCCAACCAAGACUACUAUAUAUAGCAAAGAGUUCAAUAACUACAAAACCAGAUUUAAGGAAUACAUAUCUAGUAAUGGAGCCCUACAGAAAGUCGAAAAGGGAGAACUAUAACUUAUGCAAGGCAAUUAUGCUCCCAAAUCAUAGGUAAUAGGUAAUCAAACCUUACCUAAAGCCAAUAGAAACAGCUGGAGAAAUUCACAAAAUAUAACACCACAACAGCAAAUCAAAAACAAACAAUAAUUAAUAAUAUUCUUUAAUCUGUUUCUGUUAGUUAUGCUUAUUUUUAACAUGGUGACAUCCAUGUUUCAGAUUUGAAGUACUACAGUAUCUGCAGGAGGAAUGAUUCAUUUGAAUGUCACAUAUAUGACAGAGACUCGGAGGUCCUGCUUUUCCUCUCCUCUGGGAAAUCAACUAGGUUAUGGCCAUAGCACCGUUGUUUUAUUUCUGAAAUAUUUGAGUGACUGAGAAUAUCUAGAAUUAGCAUGUGCAUUCAGUAACCUACCUGUUGCCAAAAGCAUUUGGAGAACAAUAAAGCAUAGAAUAGAAAAUUGAGACAUCCGCUCCAGGAAUUCUGAAUCUUGAACCCGUGCGAUGAAAAGUGCGCUUGUGACUGUUGGGACCACCAGUUUCGACGACCUCAUCGAGAGUGUGGUCACUAACGACAGCCUCCGGAUCCUUAAGAGUCUCGGUUAUAAACGACUUGUCCUCCAGAUUGGUAGAGGCACAUUGGUCCCUGAAUCAUUCAGUAGUGAUUCAUUCACUCUGGAUGUUUACAGGUACAAGGAUUCUUUUAAGGAAGACCUUCAGCAAGCAGAUCUUGUCAUCAGCCACGCAGGUGCAGGAAGCUGCUUGGAGAGUCUGGAAAAAGGGAAGCCUCUUGUGGUAGAUGUAAAUGAAAAGUUAAUGAACAAUCAUCAAUUCGAAUUGGCAAAGCAGUUGCACAAUGAAGGACAUCUUUUCUAUUGUACCUGCAGCACGCUUCCUGGGCUGUUACAGUCAAUGGAUUUAUCAACACUGAAAUGUUAUCCUCCUGGCCAGCCAGAAAUAUUUUCUGCAUUUUUGGAUAAAGUUGUUGGAUUACAAAAAGAAACUCUUAACACUUUAAAAAUACCCGUAAAUCCAGUUCAUGAAAUGUGAUCAAAUCAAAAUAAGCUUAUGGCAUAUAUUUGUGGAACAAUACAAAUUAAUAUAUUUGCUAUAUAGGAUAUAUAAGGAAUUUUGUGGCAUAAACAUUGCAGUUGGAUCCAAAUUCUAACUAUAUUCAGUAAAUUUGAGAUUUCUCUAACAUUGAAUAUGUAGUCAGUUCCUAACUGAAAAUGUAUUCACAAUUUUGUCCUAAAAUCUUAAAAUGUUUAUCUCAUUGCUUAAAAAACAGCAAAAAAUAAAAAAUAACCAAGCCUGGCAGUGGUGGUCCACACUGUUAAUCCCAGCCCUUAGGAGGCAGAGACAGGCAGAUCUCACUUGAGUUCACGGCAAGCCUGGUUUACAGAAUGUGUUACAGGACAGUCAGGACUACACAGAAUACUCAGUCUCCAAAAACCAAAACAAAAUUUAAAAUGUUAAUAAAAACCAGAUAUUAGAUAGAUGUUCCUAUGAAGAAGAAAAAGUGAAAUUCUAACAAUGUAAUAUUUUGGUUAGAAAGUCAGCAUCUGUAGUUUUAUAAACUUAUGAGACAACUUUUUGUAUUAAGAGGUUGAAGAAUAUGGAAGUUAGUAGUUAAAAGGAUGAUCAAAGUAAUUGUGAUGUACUGUACUUGGAGUAAGUAACUUUUGUCCUGAAGAAUAAAGUAAAUAUGUACACUUUUUCAACUUCUGAUUCUUCAAAUGCUGGGAGUACAGGUACACAACACCACGCCUUGGGUAAUUGUUCCUCUGAGAAGGGCUGGAGAGAUGUCUCAGUGAAUAAAUUGUACUUACUGUACAAGUGUGAGGACCUACAUUUGCAUCUUCAUAAUCAACAUUAAUCAGGCAUGGUAGUGUGUAUCUAGAAUCCCUUUGCCUAUGAUGACAUGGUAGAUGGAGAUAGAAUCCCUGGAAGAUAUUGGGCUAGGAGCCCUGGUGUUAACAAUAGUGAAUGACAAAAAGACCCUGUAUCAAGCAAGAUGGAAAGUGAGAAUUGAGCCUCAGGUUUUCCUAUUAUCACACCAGCUCACCAUGGCACUGAUGAAUGCAUACACACAUGUAAGUAGAAUGUGAUAAUUUUAUCAAUGCUUUAAAAUAUAGAGAAUAAAUCCAAAGAUACAACAGUAAAAAAGAAUAGAAAAUUGACUUCAUAUAAUCCUGUCCCCAUUAUGUACACAGAUGUUCAACUGGGAUUUCAUAAUUUUCAUUUUCACUGCAUUUUGGCAUGCAGAAUCUGUUUGUCACAUUUUCUUUAUUAUUAAUGGUCAGUCUUAUUUGCAGCAGUCUACCAUAGUGAAGCAUAUAUGUGAAAGCAGAAGUGUUUGUCUUCUCUGAUAGCAUAGGUAUGUAAGAACUUAAAAGUAAUGUAUUUCCUUCACAUUCUGUAGUGUAAAUAUACUUUUGAAAUUAUCUAUGAAGGUCAAUCAUGGCACUAUAUACAUGCAAUUUCCAAGAAGCUAGCCAAAUCAGAUUUAAAUAAUCACUGAGUGAUGAAACUCUUAUAUUCCAUUAUAAUAUCAGGAUUUCAGUUAUCACUGUAAGUUUCCAAAUGUAGUUGGAUGCAUUUGAAAUAGUUACACACACACACACACACACAUACACUUGCACACACACACACACUCACACACACACCCACACACAUUAAGUCCAAUGUAUUAGGAAAAGAAAGAAAGAAAGAUGUAAGACAAGAUGUACGGCUACUUGCCUAAGAGAAUGUAUGUGGCUGACUUUAUUGCCAGGAGAGUGUGUGUGUGUGUGUGUGUGUGUGUGUGUGUGCAUUUAUUUCAUGUGCUAAGAGAUGUCUCUCUUUUAGAAGAUGGAGCAGCCUUGUUUACAGGCUUACAUCACAGUAGGCUGACCAGCAACUCACAGAGACCCCGUGGGGCUGGGAAUAAACAAAACAUACUUUAUAAAUUUUCUAUCAAGAUCCAUCAUGUUACUAUAUGCAUGCUAUUGCCUAGAAGCUAGCCAAUUCAGAGUUCAAUUAUCCCUUAGUGACAAAACACUCAUGUUGCCUUAUAAGGGUUUCAGUUUUCACUGUAUGUCUCUAAAGAUAUUUAAAUGCAUUUGAAAUAGUUACCCAACACAUAGCAGGUCAUUCUCCUUUUCCCAGCUCUGGAGAAGAUCUCCAAGCCUUUCUCAGAAUUUGAAUUCCUUGAUGCAAUUGAUAGCAGUCUCCGUAUUUGUUCACAUUCAAGCCCAUUAUGAAUGCACAAAGUUCAUCAAAGAGAGAUAAGGGGAGUACAAGUGGUCAGGAUUGUAGGUUAUUAUCCUACAGGCUCCAAAACUCAAAAAUCAAACUUCAUAAUAAAAACCCAAUACUUGCUUCCAAAGCUGCUUGAAAUUUGCAUAGCAACAUGUCACAAUUACACAGGGAAUUGUACUGCUUAAUAGAGAUGAAAAUAAAGAGUGUAUUUACUUCAUCAUCUCUUCCUAUAUCAACUUCCCUGUGUCCUUCACACAAAGAGCAAGGAGGGAGACAUAGAUGAAUCAGCAGCUCUGAGGGAUAUCUGUAAGAACAGUCGUCAUCUUUUACAUCCUCAGUUUUGAAAUCACUAUCCUGAUUUGUUGCUAAUGCAUCUGUAAAUGCAUGACAUCCUCAAAUAGGAGGCAUGCAAAUAUAUAUGUCAAUACUGAAGGCUAAUAUCCAAUCAGGCUCUUGAUUGAAAUCAAGCUCUUAGCUGCAUUCAGGCCAAGCUUGACUGUGAAAUUCCUAAGAGUAGGGAAACUGACCCAGAGACCUUCAGGAGACAGUGGCAGUUAAAAAAUUAGGAGAGAAUAGAUGCUUGGUGUCAUUUUCCAUAAUCCUGCAAGGAAUAACUGCUCCUGUUUAUGUAAAUGAUUUACUUAUAACUCAAUUCUUACAGAAACCCAGCUCAUAUUCCUCAUUAGACGAUACAGCAGAAAUGGUUGUGUUUGGGAGAAACCUUACUUUGCCAUCUGUGACACUGUGAAUUUCAAGUGUCUGAUUCUGCAAAUAAUUGCAUGUAUGGAAUCUGCCCUGAUAUCCAAAAGCGUUACAAGCCAGAUACAAUUGGCAGAACCAAUCCAUUAAUAGCCAUCAGAAGGCAGAGACUGAGGAUUUCAUCUGCAGGGCCUAGAUAUAGAUACAAGCAGUUGGAUGUAUGCUUAAUUCUACUAAACUAAGGAUGUCAUCCUUUUUAUGUAUUUUUGUUUCUGCUGCAGCAUUGGUUUAGUUGUGAGGGAGAAGUGAAUCAGCAACUCUGAAGGAUAUUUCCAAGCUUUCUUCAGCAUUUGCUUUCAUUGGUGGUAUUGAGAUCACUCUCCUUAUUGGUUCAGAUUCCCCACACAUCUUAAAUGAACAAGAUCCACAGAGAGAGAAAGGAGUGUGAAUAUGUUGUCUGAAUUGCAUGUUUUAUUCUAGGCAUUCUGGCUAUAUUCUGAAACUCAAUUGCUUCUAAACAGAAUAGAUCCUUUGUCUAUUUUCUCAGAAAAAGGCAACUAACUAUGCCUAUGAAUUAGGAAAAUCAUGGAUUGUUUGAUUCCUUGAAGUACAGCUUUAAUUGACCUCAUUCUGUCACCUCUGCAGCAAGAUGAUUUCUGAAUAUUGAAUUACGGUUUUUUCUUUAUAAUCAUAAUAGUUGCAAUAAAUGUUUGUGGCACUUGAAGUUCUGCAGUACCUGCAUUAAAAUACUUCACUGGAUCCAGGCGGUAGUGGCACAUGCCUUUAAUCCUGGCACUCAGGAGUUUGAGGCAGGAAGAUCUCUGUGAGUUCGAGGCCGGGCUGGACAGACAGCCUCCAAAACAAUACAGAGAAACUCUGUCUCAUGGAAAAACAAAGAGUAAUUCGCUGGAGGAUAAGGUAUUUGGACUGUGCACUCGGAGUCAAUGUACUGGGACACUAGGUGAGGGACUGAGCAUACAGGAACAAGAGAUAUGUUAGACAAUGACAAGACAGGAUUCUGAUUAAGUUUUAUUUAUUAGCUUCAUCAACAGACAUAAUCAGUGCAUGUGGCUGAGUGAUGGAAGAAGCAAAAAUUCUACAUGGCUGGAUUUCUUGCAAAGACACAAGUCUGCAGCUGUGAGACCCUGGACUGCAGUCUUUGGAAAUGUUCUGUACAGGCAGAUAAGCAGACACAUAGAUACACAAAUAUAAAUAAGCAUUAGUCUUAUUUAGGAUGAAUACUAUUAUGCUAUCCUUAAUUCAUGCCCUCCAUAAUAUCUGAGAUGGACUAGGGGAGUCGAUCUGUUUUCUUUGCACUGGGAUAUCCAUUGUGUUAUUGUUCAUUACAUUGUAAUUUGUUCAUUUAUUUAUUGACUGACAUUACAAGUAGUAAUAUUUGUUAAAGUGAUUGAGAAGGAUGUAGACAGACCUGAACCAUUUUCAUGAACAAUGAUUGUGUUUGCAAUUAACUAAAUACAGAAGAAAAAUCUAAGAAGGAAGGCUAUGCACAAGUCUCCCAUACACUAAGUCAAUCUCAAUGUUCGGUGACAGGCAGUACAUAGGCUUUUUCAGGAUUCCUGUAGUAAAUGUCUGCAAAACCUUGGCAUAAUUCCCUGAACUUUAUGGAGUUUCCCAAAGAAAAAUUUUUGUACUGGCUUUGUAAAAUCAUGGGAUCUAGUACUCAGAGACCCUGCAUAGCUGGAAUACACAAAACAGAUUUUGGAGACCUCAGGACUGUUGAAUUGAAAGGAAAUUUAUUAGGAUAGCAAAUAUUAGGUGAAUCAAACUUCACACUUGAAAUAUAAAUGAUCUCUUCAUCCCAUUAAUCCACUACAUCACUCAAACACUGAAACCAAUUUAAAACACAUAUUAAUAGUUACUUUUCUAUAAUUUUGAAUAUAAAACUGAGUGUACAUUUUGGCUUUAUUACCUCACAUGUAUAUCUGAUAGAUUAUGUAAAAUAUUAACAUUUUUAUAUUGCAGGAACUUCACAUAACAGCAUGAUUAACUUGAGUAUAUUAAAGAGAAUUAUAUAAGUAGAUGGGAAAAAGUAUCUCAAAAUUGUGAAUGAAAAUCAGUGAACAAUAAUGUUGGUGGAUUAAAAACAACCAUGUUAAAGUCAUGGUAUAUUAAUGUGACAUCAUCUGAAAAGAAGAAUCAGUUAUCACAUAAGCCUUUUUAUUUGUGAUAUCCUAACAAGUACUGAAGAAUAUGUGAUGAAAUAUAUUUGACAUCAGCAUUUUCAGUGUUACAAGCCAGUACCCAGUUCAGUUUAUACUAAGAUCUAUUCUCAAUCAGAAACUUUUAAAAUAUUUCCACCAUUAUGAUACAUAUUCAGACAGAACAGAGUUUGCAAGUAGCUGGUCAAUUUUCUUCUAAAUUACUGAAAUCAUAAUAUGAAAAACUGAAAUUUGUGUUAGCUUCUGGUAAAUAAUGUUUCACUUUAUGUGUCUGGUCCUUUAGAAUUCACCCAUUUCUUGCUUAUCUAUGCCUAAAUAAUUACAAAAAUCAUGGUUACAUAAAGUUAUUAUGAAUGUCCUUGUUACCUUAUAAUAUUAAAAUAAUUAAAAUUAGAUGUGUUGACAGGUAGAUUGACCAAGACAGGAAAACUCAAGGGUGUGUCCAGGAAAUAGAUGAAUAUAAACAAGAAAUAAUAUAUGCCUGAAGGAAGUAUACAGAAUUGAUAUACAUAUAUUUUUUCAUCACUUUUUUCUAUUUUAUUUUCCAGUUUAAAUUUAGAUAAGA